AUGGGUCAUUCACUCCGAUUGCGUGGAAGCGGAUGGCAAAUGAUUUCAAUAGUCGAAACAAUAUGAACCUAACAAAGACACAAUUGAAGAAUCGAUUUAAAGUGUUAAAAAAAAUUUUCAAUUUGUACCAUUCUCUUGCCAACAAGAGCGGGUGGGGAUGGAACUCUGACUUGCACAUUCCCACACCUGGUGACGCAAGAAUCUGAAAUUCUGUAAUAGCGGAGAAUCCGGCGUACGCCAGGUGUAGGGAUAAGCCCUUUCCCGCCUACGAUGACAUGGAAUUUCUUACCCAAAAUACAACUGCGACAGGAAGAUAUGCAUUUACAAGUGCUGUGGAGCUUCCCCCUAUAAUUGAAAGCUCCUCUGGGUCAUCCCCUGGUGAGGAUGAUACUAUUGCUGGCAUUGGAAUGUCAGCUUGUAAUCUCUCAUCGGACCCAUUCGAAGCAGGGGGAUCUGGGUGCGCCAGAUAUGCUAACUUUGAUGAAGCAAAUACGUCACGCUCCCCAAGCCCUCCCGUGAUGCCUACAACUGGUGCAAGUGGUUCUGCUCAUAGCUCUGGUAGUAAAAGAGCUCGUUCUCCAGAGCGUAGCAAUAAGCAAGCACAAACGGCAUCUACAUCUGGGGGACGAAAAAAGAAAGUAGAUGCCCGGACUUCUGCUUUCCUUGACAUCGCGGAGCAGGGUAAGGAAAAGCUUGGUUGGGUGCGGCAACUAUGUCAGCUAGAGCUGAGCAAGAGCACUGAUAUGCCAUCGCAGAACCAAUGCAUGCAACGAGUGUAUGGGAUGACGGGGUUAAGUGAUGAUGAUAUCUUAGUUCUCUGUGAUGCGUUUAAGGAAGACAAGAAUCGCAAUGCUUUCAUGUCAUUGAAUGACAAGCAUGCAAGAAAGUGGGUUGAGCGAGAAAUUGCGCAGCAAAAUCUAUACUAUAGGCCGUCAUUUCCCGGGAGUUAGACAAAUGGCGUAUUGGUAGUUCUUCUGUAUCGUACCUCGACCCAUGCUUAUUGCGUGUGGAUGUCCAUAUUUUCUAGCUUGUCGUGGUAUUGGUAGUUGGAAGCUUAUUGCGUGUGGAUGCUUCUUUAUCUUAGCUUUGCAUACUUUCUACUUUGUGGUAGUGACUCUUGAAUGUAUGACGCUUUGAUUUAUAUUUCCUCUACUCUUAUUAGCUUUGCAUAUUUUUUUGCUGUUGGAAGAUUAUUAUAUGUUUGC